CACCACUACCGAUACAGUGCAGAGCCGUGGCCGACAUCGUAUUCGUCAUCGACGCCUCUGGAAGUAUCGGUGCCACCAACUUCAAGAAACAGCUCUCAUUUGCCACAAACCUGGCCGCUUCCUUCAAGACUGGCCCCAACGACGUCAAGAUCGGACUCGUCGCUUUCAGCAACGACGCCCAGAAAUGGUUGGACUUGAAGGACACCACCGGUGACAACCUUGCCCUGUACCGGGUAACGUUCGUUUGAUAUCAUUGCACAUGUAUCAGGUUGCGUUUGAUCUCUUUACAUAAGUACAGGUAACGUUCAGGUAACGUUUGAUAGCUUUACAUGUUUAACAGGUAACGUUUGAUAGCUUUACAUAUUGAACAGGUAACGUUUGAUAGCUUUACAUGUUUAACAGGUAACGUUUGAUAGGCUUACAUAUUGAACAGGUAACGUUUGAUAGCUUUACAUGUUUAACAGGUAACGUUUGAUAGCUUUACAUAUUGAACAGGAAACGUUUGAUAUCUUUACACUUUACAUAUUGAACAGGUAACGUUUGAUAGCUUUACAUGUUUAACAGGUAACGUUUGACAGCUUUACAUGUUGAACAGGUAACGUUUGAUAUCUUUACAUAUUGAACAGGUAACGUUUGAUAGCUUUACAUAUUGACCAGGUAACGUUUGGUAGCUUUACAUACUGAACAGGUAACGUUUGAUAGCUUUACAUAUUGAACAGGUAACGUUUGAUAUCUUUACAAGCUUAACAGGUAACGUUUGAUAGCUUUACAUAAGUACCAAUUAACGUCUGGUUUUCAAUAAUCCUAGAAAAAAAAAAAAAGGAAACUCAAAUUUAUAUUUUAAAUAGUUUUUUUUUCUCCAUUAUUUAACUCUCCUAAGCUAUUUUCCAGGGGGUGAGGUUUACUAAUUACAUAUAAAUGGGAUUAUUUCCCUUUUGUUCCUUUUACUACGGAUGUUGCUUGUCAUCUAGCUUUUAUUACUAUCCGAUUGGCUCUUAUAACUUAACGUAGUCUCCCAUUGUCUAUCAAAGCUUAUUUUAGUAUCAAUUAUCCAACAGGCUAUCCUCAAGACUCCUUACUCCGCUGGCGGCACGGCGACAGAUAAGGCCCUUAACCUCGUCAGCAACAGUUACAUGUUUGAAAGCUUCGCGGGGGGGAGGGACUACGCCCCUGAUAUAGUCGUUGUUUUAACAGAUGGACAGUCCAACAACCCACAAGCAAGUAAAUAUCUUUGUUGUCAAUAUUUUUUUUUUUAAAACACGCCCACUUUCAACAUAGAAAUAUACCAAUCAUGUUAGAGGCAUUACGCACACUUUAAAAAUAACGCUACUGUGCUUUCCACGUAUGAUUUUAAUUCUAUUAGAUCAGUGGUUUUUAGCCUUCCUAAUGAGGCGACCCUUUAUAACAGUUCCUCAUAUUGUGGCGACCCCGAACAUAAUUUUUGUAUCGUUGCUUUUCAUUAAUUGUAAAGUGUAUGUUUUCAGGUGGUUUUUGGCGACCCCUGGAAAAGGGACCUUAGACUCCCAAAAGGCUCGCGACUUAAAUGCUGAGAAGCACUGUAUUAGAUAGAAUAAAAUAAAUACAUAGCUAAAUUCAUAUUAAUAUUGAGAGUUAAAUUUAAGUGGUAUCAUAGCGGAAAAAAUUCUCGGCAGUAUUACAAAUAUUUAUUUAAACUAAAAUAUGUUUAAGUAUAUGUUUAAAUGAAUGGCAUACAUCAAAAUUACAUUAGAAAAAAAAAAGGAAAUCUGGGAAGUAUUUUUAUAGAACCUUUUAUUUGAAAAUUCUGCUAAUUAAGAUUUAGCUUGAUUAAAACUAAUACACAAAUAACGCUAACUAUUUAUUGGCAUCCAUUUUAAAUGUAGUGUUUAGAUGAAAUUAUAAGACAAAAAAAUAUGCUGUAGAUUUAAUCAAAUCUUUCUUUAAUGCAUUAUGAUCUCUUCUUGAUCUCCAUCCUGAUCUGUCGUUGACACAUGCCUUCAAGUGUCCUUGACAAAUGCCUUCCUCUGUCCAUGACAUGCGCCUUCAUCUGUCCUCGGCAUAUGCCCUCGUCUGUCGUUUACAUAUAUCUUCAAGUGCCCUUGACAUAUGCCUUCAUCUGUCCCAAGCUGCCACCGCUGCCUCAAGACUCAGGAAUGCUGGUGCGACCAUAUUCUCCGUUGGUAUUGGCUGGAACGUUAACGAGAAGGAACUUCUGAACGUGGCCAGUCGCCCAGAGAACGUCUUCAGAUCGAACGACUUCGACGUGCUUGGAAACAUUCUGUACCAGCUGCUUCAAAGAGUUUGCCUUGGUCAGUACACAAGCACCUAUCGUCUCAAAUUUAACAAAAAAAUAUUGCUUUAAAUAUGUCAAACAGAAUGUAAUUGUUUUUUUUUUAUAGUGAAUAUGUCUUAAAUGCUAAUAAAUUCACAUAGACGUAAAUAGGGAAAGUUUUCUAAAAUAAUGUUUCGCUAAAGUGCAUUAGUUUUUUAAAACAAUUUUUUAAUGAGGAAAUUUUGAUAUUUUCAUACCAUUUAAAAAAUAAUUUUAAAAAAUUAUGGUUGAAAUUCUUUUACAGCAUCUGGAGGUUCCGAGAUAUCUGUCGUCGGUGAGUAAAUCAGUCAUAUUACUAAUGUGUUGCACUCGACACCGACAAAUCAUUUUAGUUUAUAAUAUACUAAACAUUUUACAGUCAAAUCUUAUAGCUUGGCAUUUUAAAUCUCUAUUUUACAAGAUAUUAUUCCCCACAUUUCUAAUUCUAGAUUUUAAUCCUUAUGAAAUGUGUCUAAGAGUAGGUUAAGUCAUUAAGAGCAAUGUUUCAACCAAUGUUGCAUGAGAUCAUGGCUGGGAAAUUGGAACAAAUCUAUGUCGUGGGUUCUUUUGCUCGCCUUUGAUGCGGACGCAGAUUUGCACGUCACUUUGAAAACAAUUUAACAAUAAAGCAAUGCCAUUGUUUGCCAUUAUUUCCAUUGUUUGUCAUUGUUUGUCAUUGUUUCCAUUGUUUGCCAUUAUUUCCAUUAUUUCCAUUGUUUGCCAUUGUUUGUCAUUGUUUGCCAUUGUUUGCCAUUAUUUCCAUUGUUUCCAUUGUUUGCCAUUGUUUGCCAUAAUUUCCAUUGUUUCCAUUGUUUGCCAUUAUUUCCAUUGUUUCCAUUGUUUGCCAUUAUUUCCAUUGUUUGCCAUUGUUUGCCAUUGUUUAUCAUUGUUUCCAUUGUUUCCAUUGUUUGCAAUUAUUUCCAUUGUUUGCCAUUGUUUGCCAUUGUUUGCCAUUGUUUGUCAUUGUUUGCCAUUGUUUGUCAUUGUUUGUCAUUGUUUGCCAUUGUUUGUCAUUGUUUGCAAUUGUUUGCCAUUGUUUGCCAUUGUUUGCCAUUGUUUGCCAUUGUUUCCAUUGUUUCCAUUGUUUGCCAUUGUUUGCCAUUGUUUGCCAUUGUUUGCUAUUGUUUGCCAUUGUUUAUAAUUGUUUGCCAUUGUUUGCUAUUGUUUGCAAUACAAAUAAAUUUCCCUGAGGCCAUUGAAACUCUCUCCUACCGUUAAUAUCGAGUCUAAAAAUGGCAAGGGGGGAGGGUUUUUUAAAAAAAAAGAAUAUUCUCUGAACGGUGUAGAGGGAAGGGGGUAGGGUGGCGUGGGUUGAGUUUAAUUUCUGUUUUAUAUUUUAAGGCAGCGUAAGUUAAUUCUGUAUUGAUGACAAUGUCAGUUGAUGAUAUUAUCAAGACAAUGUCAGUGGAUGAUAUUAUCAAGACAAUUUCAGUGGAUGAUAUUAUCAAGACAAUGUCAGUGGAUGAUAUUAUCAAGACAAUGUCAGUGGAUGAUAUUAUCAUGACAAUGUCAGUGGAUGAUAUUAUCCAGACAAUGUCAGUGGAUGAUAUUAUCAAUACAAUGUCAGUGGAUGAUAUUAUCAAGACAAUGUCAGUGGAUGAUAUUAUCAAGACAGUGUCAGACGAUGAUAUUAUCAAAACAAUGUCAGAGGAUGAUAUUAUCAAGACAAUGUCAGUGGAUGAUAUUAUCAAGACAAUGUCAGUGGAUGAUAUUAUCAAGACAAUGUCAGUGGAUGAUAUUAUCAAGACAAUGUCAUUAAAGAGUGUUAUACUUGCAACGAAACUUAAUGAUGUGUUCUGUUUCUUUUCAUUUCACAGUUGAAGCACGUAAGUAAAAAAAAUUACAAUUAAAAUAAAAAUUCAUUGAAAAAAUAAUUUCAUUUUUAAAAAGAAUGAAUCAUGGAUCCAUAUAUUAUUUCCAUUUAAUUUAUAGUUUAUACCUUUUGAAUUGAGCUAUAUCUUGAAUCAAAGUAUUUCUGUUGAAAUUUUAAUCGAAAUUAUAGUUUGGAUUCACUAUUAACUGUUGCUAUUAAAAAUGGUUUUGAUGGUCAUAAAAUAGUUUUUAAUUUUAAAUGCAAUUUCGUGAAAACAACUGAUAAAUGUUUACAUUCUUUCCUUUCAGCUUUGCCUGGUGAGUUGUCGUUAUGCCUUACGUGUAAUCAUUGGGUUUUCUCCCGCACUUAGUCUACUCAAAGGUUUAAGGAACGACAUGUCUUCAAUUUGAAACAUUUGUCAAAUUUAGAAAAUAUUUUAAAAUAUUUAAUGUGUUAAAAAUAAAAUUUCCUCCAUUUUUUUUAACUAUGAGCUUGAACAUCUUGUUGUAAGUGUUUACUCUAUUUUACAGCUAUUGAUAUUAACUACACAUAGGCAUACACUUGAGUUCAUUUUUUGAUAUCUAAAUAUCUACGUAUUUAAAUGCUAACUACACAUAUUAAACAUAGAAAUGUAAAUAAUCUAGCAUUAGAAAUAACCCAGUUGUUAAAAGCAAUGAUUAUUCUUUUGUCUCUCUCCACAGAGAAGCAACCGGGUAAGGAAAUACAUAUUUUUCAACAAUAGACUUUAAAAAAAAAAUCCAUUUCUUUAUAUUUUUUCAGGGAAACGUAUUUCGAUAAAUUAAAUUAAUUUUUUUUUUUUAAAAUAAAUUAUUUUAAAAUUGGUUCAAAAUCGUUAAGUCUGUAUAGACGCAAAGUUAAGUAGUAGAGCUUAGUAAGAUUAGUUUAUUUUAUAAGGUCAUUACCCUAAAUACAUUAGGUCAUAAACUUGUUUAUAUUUUAUUCGGCACACUCAUAAUUGAAACAAAAUUACAUGCUUACUUUUUUAAGUUUGUUAUUUUAAAAGAAAAAGUGAUUUUAGGUUACUUUUCUUGAUAAACUAACUUGUUUACCGUACAAAGGCUGGUAAAAAAAAAGUCAUUUUACUGUUGUCAAACAAUCACUGACAUUUCUUUUCCUUGAUUCCAGCAUGCACUGCUGUCGUUGACCUCAUUUACGUCUUGGAUUCCUCCGGAAGUAUCGGACCAAACAACUACAAGAAACAGAUCAAUUUUACGAUAGACCUAGCGUCAAACUUUAAAAUUGGGCCAAGCAAUGUCCUUGUCGGAGCGGUCAUUUUCAGCCAUCUUGCCCAGAAAUAUUUUGACCUGAAGGACAACCCAUCACUAGCAGAACUACGCAGGGUAAAAAAUAUUGAACAUUAACUUUAAACUUAAUUUAAAUAUAAAAAGGAUUGACGGAUUUACAAGUGUAAUAAAAGAGACUCUAUUUUAAAAAGAAUAAAUCUCAAACAAAUUCAAUGGCGUUAUCUGUUAUAACAUUAGACGUAGAAAAAGUCUGUCAUAUACGCGUGUAGUGAAGUUGUUUGCACAAAGGGCAUUAUCAGAAUUAAAACAUAGCGUGUCGUGGCUAUGAUUCAUGAUGUAGUCGAGUUGCGAUUCGUCAAAUGGGCGUCGACUUGUUAAUACCACUUUCGGUUUUGGCGGGCACUCUGCGAUUAAGUUUUCUACUUCUUCAGCAGCCAGGUUACCGUAUCGGAAGCUAGGAUCCCUAAGUGAGUCGAGUCUAUGUAGGUAGCUACGUGUUGGACAGUACACGGUUCGCAUCUUCUUGAUGAGUUUUUAAGCAUCUCGGAUUUUGCCUUACGGAUUUCGAGCCGUCUCGCUUACUGGCCUAGCUGUUGGCACUUUUCAUGGCGAUCACAUUUGCUUUGAGUUCUUUACUGAGUUCUAUAUACAAAUAACUCCUGUGACUCCAGUUCACCUCGUAUUUUAUGAACGUAUGCCAGGAGCAAGGCGCAGCUUCUGCUUUCUGCCUUGAUGCCAACCAUAUAUAGUGGUAGGACCACCGGGGUUCCGGUACGAUGUUCUCUUAACUCAUAUCUAUCACAGCCAUACAAAUGUUCACCUCAUGCUGACCUGCCAUUCGGUACCGACGCAAGAGAGUAGCCCCCCCCCCCCCCCNCACAGCCAUACAAAUGUUCACCUCAUGCUGACCUGCCCUUCGGUACCGACGCAAGAGAGUAGCCCCCCCCCCCCCACACAAAAGUAACCCACCCACCUCACAAAAUCAGUUGCCGCAAUGUAAGGGAUUCACCAGCAAUCUUCACGGUAUUAAUGACGAAGUUUUAGCAUGUGCAUUUCUUAGGCCCCAUGUCCACGGAGGAAUUCGAUCGUGGCGGGCACGCCGGUUCAUGAUAUUCGGUUGAAAGCUUAAGUUGCGGUCACAGCCUAUUAGUCUGUGACACCGCGUAGAGGAGCCGUCCUUUGCUAGAGAUGCGGUGGACAUAAAUCCGUACAUUUAUUAAUAUCACAAGUAAUGACAGUUGUGUUAUGGCAGGUUCUUAGCGCUACUCCAUACAUGAACUACACAACAAAGACUGACCAGGCCCUGGACCUCGUCGCCAGUGCUGGAAUGUUUAAUGCGAAUGCUGGUGGCCGCAGUAACUCUAAAAAAAUCGUCAUCGUCAUCACCGACGGCCUGUCUGACAACCCAACUCUGAGUAAGUUAUGAAACGGUUGUUGAAAAUCGAUUUGUCAAACCAUUAAACCAAAUAAUUAACUUAGAAAAGUCUUGCACAUUCGAAGAUUUUUUUUCUACGCAUGUUUUUCCAUGACAAUUUAAUAUACAGACUUUCUCUUUAUAAGCAUGAUUUUUUUCUUUUUACAUUAUUAAUUGACAUGAUAGUUAUGAAACAAUUUUAAAAAAAUAGAUUUAAAUGUCUUGCAUGGUCUGUAUGUAAAAUACUGAAAGACAUCAAAGACAUAUUUAGAAAUGAGCUUUUCCUUAUAUAAUAUGAAGCUUGUAAAACGAAACGCCAACUGAAUGGCUAAAUCUGCAUUUGAAGAACGUAUGCAAGUAAUGAAGAAAUAUCGCUAGCUUUAAAGCUAUCGUUGACAUGCAUCACUCACGACAGCGCUAGCAUCAUUUUUACUUUGCGUUUUUAAAGACGGUGUUCUUAACUAGAUAAAUCCUUGUCUCUUGACCGUUUUAGAUCUUCCUAAAGCGUGUACAGUGAUUUUAAGUACAUCAAUCCUUGUGUGUUGACCGGCUUAGAUCUUCGUUAACUUGUGCACAGUGAUCUUUCCUGACCUAUUGGCAAAACUAUUUUGAUUUUUUAAAGAAUGUGUGAUUGUUAAUUAUUGAGAUGGUAUUUUUGUUUUCUUCCCCAGCAAAGGAAGCUGCAACACGUCUUAAGUCACAGGGUGUUACAAUACUCGCUGUGGGUAUCGGGGCCGCUCAAGACGCUGAGCUUCAGAACAUCGCAAGCGGUUCUCAAAAUGUUUUCAAGGCUACUAAUUUCGAUGCCCUGAAACAGAUUGUUGCAUCAGUGACCCAGCGUGCCUGCCCAGGUCAGAGAGCAGCUAUAGAAUAAUUUAUUGUAUCGUCUUAAGGGACCUCUUAAAUAUGUGGGUUUAAUAAUUUACACUGUAUUAUAAACAUAAUGGCUACUUUAUAGUCAAAAUCAAAAUUUGUAUUUACACAACUUGUUUAUAAUCAAAAUUAGUGUUAUGUUUUAUGUAAUUAAUGCAUGUUAAUUUUUAAGUUCAUGCGUAUGUUUGUUAAUUGGUCUGUACAGCGUGGUGAGCCCCCCAUAGGCUGGGGCAUCACACUAUGUAAAACAAACAUUAUUACUAAUAAUAAUAAUAAUUAAUACGGCUGGUUCAUAGUCAAAAUCAACACUUGUAUUUUUACAAAUAGUUUAUAGUAAAAAACAAAACUUGAAUUAUAUCAAAUACAUCUUAAUUAAAUGUAUUCUACUUUUUCUGAAUUUUUUCCAGGCACCUCCGGCUAAACCCUCACGUACUCAGGUAACAUCAAACAGAGUGGAAGUUAUUGGAAACUUAAUCUUUCUACCGAAAUCUACAUUUAAUUUUCCGAGACUACCUCCUGUAAUUCAAUGCAAAACAUUUUAAACUGUCUUUAAAGAGCUUCUUAAAUAUAUAAUAAUAAAUACAUGUUUUGCCUAAUAUA